AAUGGCAAUAGUCAAACAACUUGCCAAAUCUUUCAACAUAAAAAAUUUUAUUGUUCUUCUUCUAACACUACUUUCUUGAAACUCGGCGUUGUAUAAAUAUAUAUAAUUGUCUCAGACUUGAGACACAUCAAAGACGAACCAAACAAAAUUCACAACUGAGAAUUCUUCUUUGAGAGGUUAGGAAGAAAUGGCAGCAGCAAAAGCAAGCACAAUGCCGCUUAUCAGUAAGCUGUACUGUUCUUCUUCUCAGGUAGUGCUUGUGGUUAGGAGGAGGCCCCAUGUAGUGAAUGGAGGUGGUUUCGUGGUCACGGAUUGUAGCCAGAAGGUGGUUUUCAGGGUUGACGGUUGUGGGGUUCUUGGUAUUAAAGGGGAGCUGGUUCUGAAAGAUGGAAAUGGGGAUGCUUUGCUUCUCAUACGUCGAAAGGGAGGGAUGGUUGAGGCCCUAAGUGUACAUAAAAGAUGGAAAGGUUACACUUUUGGCUACGAAGGAUCACAAAAGUUGGUUUUUACCUUAAAGGAGCCCCGGUCCAGUUGUUUAGUUAAAAACAAUGCCAUCAGAAUCGCCACUGAGCCAAACGGAAGCAGCAGGGAGUGGGACUUUGAGAUUAAAGGUCAUUUCCCAGAUAGAAACUGCAGCAUCAUUGAUUCAAUAGGCAACAUUGUCGCUCAGAUUGGAGUGAAGAAGGAAGUAGACGAGUUGAUGGCGAGUAAAGAUCUUUAUCAUGUCGUGGUAAAACCUGGAAUAGAUCAAGCUUUUGUUUUUGGAGUCAUUUCUGUUCUUGAUUACAUUUAUGGUGAAUCUACCAGGUGCUGAAUGACAGAAUGAGCCAAGCCUAACUAAGCAGAUUUUCCUUUUUGUAACCAAAAUAAAAAAAUAAAAAGAGUAAAUUUAUAUGGAUAAGCUGAUCCUAUAAUAAUGCUUUCGUUUUGUUCCUUUGGUCAGACUUGUAUAACUAGAUUGGGAAUCAAUUAAGCUGCACAUUUCAAUUGCAUUUUCUUUUUCAUUUUUCUAAGACAAUAAGUUGUAAAUCUAAGCGAUCACGACUAUUAACAAAGAUACUUGGUUGAAUUAACUACGUAACACAUGACUUAAAACCCCAGUCCAUUAGCAGACAUUCCUGCAUUAAUUUGCUUGACAUUCAAGUUAGUCGGAGGAAGCCCAUUACCAGAAAUUCAACCAGCAUCUCGUAAAAGUGAAGCAGCAAUGUUUUAGCCGCCACUAUCGCGUCACAUCUGGGUUGGGUUCCUCGGGCCUAUCUCCCUAUGGGCUAGAAGUAUAUUUCUUGUUCGACGAACAAACCGAGCAGCGUUUUUAGGAAUUUGUACUCUUGUCUUUUUUCAUUUCCGUUUUCGGGCCCUUAUUACAAUAUUGGCUACUGGCUAGAGCCUAGAAAUGCAGUAACAAUCAACAAAAGGCUACGUUAAAGUAAAAAUUAAUGAUGGGUAUUUGCAUAAAACAAAGAUUAAUGAAAGAACCCUAAUUUUGUUUGCUUCACAGGUUCGCUGUUCACCCAACAGUCAUAUACUUUGAAAUUGUUUGCGCAACUAAGCAAACUAACGAAUUUUGGGCUUCGUCUCUCUUUCAA